AUGGAUCCAAAUUCCAUCUUGCUUUCUCCUCAGUCCCGGACCUACUCCCACCUGGAAGAACCCUGUAUGGAAGGUGAGAGAAGCCCAGGCCCCCGAGAGCCGAGUAGAGACUCCCCCUUUUCCUGGAGACAGGUCCCCAGCUCCAGCCUUGCUGAUCCCAACUGGUUUUGGGAUGAGCAUAUCCAGGCAAAGAGGGCCAGAGUGGAGACCAUCAUCCGAGGCAUGUGUCUCUCCCCCAACCCUCUGGAGCCAGGCAAUGCCCGAGCCAGGGACAGCCCAGGCUGCCCAGAGAAGGUCCGGGAGCGGAAGAGGAAGCAGUGCCUUCCCAUGCAGCAGGGCACCCUGAAGCCAGGCCCUGCCCGGGACCAAGGCAACAGGAAGGGGGCACCUCGGGUGAGGGAACAACUUUACCUGCUGAAGCAACAGCUGAGACAUCUGCAAGAGCACAUCUUGCAGGCUGCCGAGCCCAGGGACACAGCUCAGGGCCCAGGAGUCUCUGAGAAGGAGAAAGGCCCUCUGAGUGCAAAGCAGAGGAAUGCCUGUGGGCCUAGCUCCUGGGCUGUGGACAGUGACCAACACCAGGUUUCCAGCAAGGACCUCUCUGAGGCAGAAAAACACAAAGUGUCUGAGGUUGAAUACCACCAGUCUGAGGAGCCCAGGUUUCUUCCUUCUGGAGCACAGGCUUUGCUGGAGAUUCUGAGGAAAGAAUUGACUAGAGCAGUGUCCCAGGCUGUGGACUCAGUAUUACAAAAGUUCAACCGCUGCAUUACCUCCCAGAUGAUCAAGUGGUUCAGCAACUUUCGUGAGUUUUAUUACAUCCAAAUGGAAAAAUUUGCCCGGCAAGCAGUUUCAGAUGGUAUCACAAAUCCCAAAAUGUUGGUGGUUCUCCGUGAUUCAGAACUUUUUCGAGCUCUCAAUAUGCACUAUAACAAGGGAAAUGACUUUGAGGUCCCAGAUUGCUUCUUGGAAAUCGCCAGCUUGACAUUACAGGAGUUCUUCAGGGCUGUCACCACAGGAAAAGACUCAGAUCCUUCCUGGAAGAAACCCAUUUAUAAAAUUAUUUCGAAACUGGACAGUGACAUCCCAGAGAUAUUCAAAUCCUCCAGCUAUCCCCAGGAGCUGUUUCAGAGUUAAGAUCUCACAAAGUGAGGUGUGACUGGCCAGGGUUAUCUGGGUUUGUCUUACAUGGCAGUUUAGCUAUAGGCAUAUAAAAAGGGCACAAGGAAAAAUCCCCCAAAUAGGUACUAUUACCAUUUUGAUCAUUUAUUUCCUUUCCCAGAAUGAUAGAUUUAACCUUAACUAUAAAAUAUAUCAACUAAGUGUAUUGGUGUGUUGGUAGUUUAUUGUAAAAGGAGCACAAGUUUAGAAUCAGAAGAUUCCACUGUUUCCAGGUGUUGUGACCCUGGGAACUUCCCGGUAUCUCUGCAUCUGUAAAAUGAGGUUGUAAGGAUUAAAAGAUAAUAUGUCCUCAAAUGCUCCAUGAAAUGUUAUUCGUUUCAUAAAUGUUAGUUUUUUCCCCCUUAGAUUUCUUAUGGAGUUUUUUUU